GACUGGAAAGCAGGCCAGACUGUGCUCGCGCCGACGUUCAACCACCAGCACGUCCUCAUCUCAGGAAAUCAGUCCGCUGUCGGCGUCAUCUACAUGUAUCACAUCGCCGCGCAGUCUCUGAUGACCACAUUUAAUGGGCGAAUGCAUGAAGAUGCUCACACCGCACUCGCACAAAAUCAUCUGCUGUGUGCUGGCCAGCGACGACACGUUUCUGGUGACCGCAUCGAUGUGCCCUGUUUUCAGGUGAACGCGUUGGCCUGCGCUCAGGACGACUGUCAGCUGUUCGCGGCCACGAAGUCCAUCGUCUACUGCUACGACAUCCACAAUGGCCAAAUCGUGGACGUGCUCGACUGUCAGCUUCCGUUUGCCGUCUUCAACAUCAAGAUCUCAUCCGACAAUUUCUUCCUCUUCUCGGGGUGCGGUCCACGAGUGGAUGUGUGGCACAUCCAGAAGCGCGUUCACGACGCCCCAGACGCCUCCGGGCACAUGGGAUUCGUGACGGCCAUCGCGCUGAGUGGGGACGACAAGAUCGCCGCCUGUGGCACGUACGAUGGCGUCGUGGCCGUCUGGGACCUCGACAUCUGCCAGUGUUUGUCAACGGUUCCACAAAGCAAGGGUAUCCCGGUGUCCUGUCUGGCAUUCUCCUUCAACCAGACGUUUCUGCUCAGUGGCAACACAAUCGGCAGCGUCAGCGUGUUCGACUGUUCCUCGGGCACCUUGCACCGAACAUUCAGUGUACCUGCACUCCACGGAGAUCGUGUCGAUUUGUCCGCUGGAGAACUACCGGGUGUUCAGUUGCGACAAGGAGGGCAAACUCUGUCAGUGGGAGAUUUUCGGCGACGAGGAGAGCAUGGUGAGAACUUUUGUCCACUGUUCACUAAGACGGAUCAGUGCGCUAGCAAAUGGAAUCCCGGAAACUGUUUCUGUGGAAAUAACGUUGGUCGCCGCUUGCAAGAUGGUCGCGUGAUGAUGACUCAGGGAGUUGCGCCGCCGAUUUUCGCGCCACCCAACGGCAAACUGGUGGUUGGCCACUGUCCGAAGAAUUCCAAAGAAAUGAAAGUGUGGACUGUCGGAGAGGAAGGACCGGUGCUGAAGAACAAGCUGUCGCACAACGAGGAGAUCACCUGCUUUGCUGCGAUCGCGCUGGGGACGCUCGUUGCCACUGGCUCGAGCGACCAAUCGUGCAAGCUGUGGCAAAUCGAUUCCGGCUAUCUCACACAGGUACUUGUCGGCCACGAAGGAAGGGUGACCUGUGUGGCGCUGGCGGACGACGAACGCCUCGUCAUUUCCGGAGCUGAGGACAAAAAGGUUCGUUGUUGUGAGUAG